AUGGCACCUACUCCCACCCCUUCUCCCAAACUCACCACCGUUGACAACAAAAUCGUCGACCAAGAGAUGUCCGACGCCGGCGACGCCCAAGAUCUUGAAGAACAGGCCAUGAACGAAGGCACGAACCAAGGAGGUUUGCCUUUGCCUGACGGCACGUUGUUUGACACCACUCAAGCAACCAUCCAAGCUUCCGCCGCCAGCGUUUCGGGUCCCGAGAAAAAGCGAAAGUCGACCGCCGCUCACGAGGUUGUAGGCAACACUUCCGCAACUUCUAACACCAAGAAGCAGAAGAAGCAGUCGUCGUUGGGCUUGGGAUUGAGGAGUGCCGCGUCUCAAACCCAGCAAGGUUCCUCUAGGGCGAUGCAGUCCAAUACGCCUUUUGCUACGCGGACCCAUCGCCCCGGUGCCGGUGCUCCCGAUUCCCGCAGCUUUGCGGAGCGACACGAAGACGACUUUUCAUCCGUCUUGGGCCAACAAGGCACCCCUCAAUACCAACCUUUCUCUGCGUUGGGGUCUGAGCCGCCGUCGCCAGCCAAGGCUUAUGCCAAAUCCAAGACCAUUGCCUCGGCUAUGCAACAUCAGCAACAGCAACAGCCUCGGCAACAGCAGCAGCAGCAACGGCCUCGACAACUGCAGCAACGGCCUCGACAGCUGGAGCCAGGCGAGAGGUAUGUUGCCCCUCGUCAUGUCGCCGUCCCAAACACUAUGACAGAGGGGCGCGAAUGGGUUCAGCAAGAAGGACAGAACUGGAUUGCUGUUUCUCGCCAAGAUGGAAUCCGGCAGUUCAACGAGCUUGUUCCAGCGGAUUCGCAAGGGAACCGGGUCUACCCCACGACCACGACCGACGACCAAACGGAGCACGGCGAUGUUCAGCCCGGACCUCGCGACGCUCCCAGCGCCACGCCCCGGUCUCGCCAAAGGUCCAGCUCCCCGCGCCACAAGCCCCACCACCAUGGGCACAAGUCGAGUUCUCGUCGCAAGUCGAGCUCCCACAGGCACAAGGAGCGCAAGGCCAAAGACCAUCGUCGUAAAAGGCCGGCAACCCCCCCUCCGUUGGACUCGAGUUCGGGUUCGAGCAGCUCGUCGUCGACCAACAGCUCUUCUGGAUCGGAAUCGUCCGUGAACGAUAGCGACGUGGAGCAAGAGCAACCCGACUCGGACAUGGAGGUCGAAGAGGAGUCCGAGGCCGACGAUGACAAGGUCGACAAGAAGGCUACCAAAAAGGCUGCAAAGGCAGCCAAGGUAUCGUCCAAGCAGGACGCCAAGGCUUCCAAGAAGGACGCCAAGAGGAGCGAGAAGAAGGCCAAGAGCCGGGAAAAGGUCGCCAAAGCGCGAAGGGCCGCAAAAGCCGCCAAGGAAGCCGCUGAAGAGAGCCCUUUACCUGCGACACCUGAGCCAGAGAGACAGGGGUCGCCCUCGCAGCACCUUUCUCCCAACAAGGCUCUGUCGACGGACAAGCAAGCCAAAGCCGAACGCUUGGAAAGAUAUUACUUUGAACCGGAGCAAGGAAUGAUCGUCUUGCAGGGCAAUGAACGAUGCGAGACCUGCCGUAUCGGCGCCAAACCCUUCGAGCGGAACACCCCAGGCGUUUGGGCCAACUGCAACACCCGGUACGGUGUCUGCGGGGUGGUCGAAGGCAGAUCGCAGUGCACUCGCUGCUAUUGGACCGGGAACACCCUUUGCGAUUGCGCUAAGGCCCUCGAGAAGUACCACGCGAAGCGAAAGCGAGAGGCGGUGGCCAACAGAGUCAAGGCCAUCAAGACGGAGGCUAGCCCUGCCAAAAAGUCGUCGCCUUCGAAAGGUCAGUCCCCAUUUGGGCAAACCAACUCGAAGUUCGGCAUCGGCAUGACGACACGUACCGCCAAAGCCAAAUCGACCCCGACUCCUGCCCCCAAGCGCGGCAAAGUCGAGCAGUCGGACGACGACGAGGACGAGGAGGACCCUGUCACCGCUGUCAUCGAGAAAAUCCGGCAAAUUGCCCAAAAAAUGGCGAACAACGGGGUCACCUACACCAAAGAGACUCCGGAACUGGCCACCAAGAACAAGAUCGAGCCUAAGGUGAUGAUGAGCUACCUCAAGUUGGGUGACUCCUUCGUCAAGAAGACCACCAAGAACGCCGACCUGAUCAUCCAGCACUUGGCCGAGCUCGAGGACCUCUUGGAGCAGGAAGCCGAGGAGGACGAAGACGAGUCCUCCAACAAUUCUGUCUUCGAUUGA